UACAGUAUCUUGAUCCUCGGCACUGUCCAGAUUCCAUCUUUUCUACUUAGAGUUGGCUUAUGAUACCUACCUACCGAGUGUGAGAUUCAACAGGGUCGCGAGAGUGAGGCGUCACGAAUUUGCCUAGGUUGUCAAAAACUCAAGUGUCUGUCAUCUGUUGCCAGCUGCCGCGGGCUACUCACUGUGUUUGGGUUGUUCUUCCGCCACCCGCUACCCGCUACCAAGCCCCCGAUUCCCCACCAAAAUUCACCAAAUUUUAAACUUGAGGAUUUCGACCCCUCCGAAGUCAUUCAGUUCGCCGACCAAAGCUUGCCCUUCGGCACAUCGACUUCGGCAGUCUUUUCACUGCAUCGAAUCAAUAUCUGGCCCAACACAGAAUCCACUGAGCGCGAAUAUGUCUCGAUUUUUCCGCGCCGGCGACGAUAGCUCCUCUGAGAGCAGCUCCGACGAGGAGGAGCUGUACUCUGAGGAGGAGGAAGCAGAGAAGCAGGCCGAGGGAGAGGCAUCCGACCAGGAAGGUGAGGAGGAAGAUGAGUCUAGCGAUGAGUCUAGCGACGACGACGACGACCAGAAGAAGGGCGCUUCCCGAUUCUUCGUCGAUGUUUCGUCGGAGAGCGAGGAGAGCGAUGUCGAGACUACGGUCAAAGUCAAGAGCGCCAAGGACAAGCGGUACGAAGAGCUUGAUGCCACCAUCACUGCUAUCGCCAACGGGCAGAAGAACGGCGAUUGGGGCCAUAUCUCGACUGAGUUUGACAAGUUAAACCGCCAGGCUGCGAAACUCGCGCCAGACAGCAGCAGUGCGCCCAAGAUCUACAUUAAGGCCAUCGCCGAACUCGAAGACUUUUUGAACGAGACUCUAGCCAAGCAGAAGGUCACUCCCAAGAAAAUGAACGCGAUCCAGGCUCGCGGGUUGAACGCAGUCAAGCAACGCAUCAAGAAGAACAACAAGGAGUAUCAGAAACAGAUUGAUUCCUUCAGGGAGGAUAGGGAUUCCUUCAUGGAGUCUGAUGAGGAAGAGGAACCCGCACCGAAACCUAGCAAGGUUCGCUUCCAGGCGGCCGACUUUGGCGAGGCUGCAGAGGAGGAUGACGAAGGGUUUGCAACUGUCGGUCGGGGUGGUCGAACGCUGCUGUUCACCCCCGAAAGCAUCUUCAAGCACCUCAGGAGCAUUCUGGAGUCCCGAGGAAAGAAGAACACGGACCGCCUCGAACAGAUCAAGAUCAUGGAGAAGCUGAACGACGUUGCCGUCACGCCAUACCAGCAAAUCCGAGUCCUCCUUACCCUCGUCUCCGCACGGUUCGAUCUUGGCUCUGGUACUGCAACCUCGAUGCCAUUGGAACACUGGAAAGCGGCCGAAAAGGAGCUCUAUCAACUCAUCACGGUAUUGGAGAACAACAAGGAAUACAUUGUCCUCGAGAAUGCCGAGGAGUGGGAGGACGACGAAAAGCCCCCCACCCUGGAAAACGGGGAGAAAUACAUCAAGAUUGCCGGCAGCAUCGUUUCGUACGUGGAGCGUCUUGACGACGAACUCAUCCGAUCACUCCAGAACAUUGAUCCCCAUACCUCCGAGUACAUCGAGCGGCUGUCGGAUGAGGGAUCGCUGUACAACAUUAUCUUCCGAGGCCUCCUUUACUACGAGAUGCUUCGGAAGGACCCUGCAUUGGACAUCCCGCAGGACAGCGUGAAUCGCAUUAUCGCGCGGCGACUAGAGCACGUUUACUUCAAGCCCGCCCAAGUGAUCAACAUCCUGGAAGAAAACUGCUGGAAGUCUGUCCCUGCUGAUGUUGAGUCAUCUAUCACCCCUCGCGACAAAUCCAAAGAUGCCAGUCAACUUGUCAACGUCCUCUGCACCUACCUCUUCGCGAAUAGCGAAGGCAUCAUCCGUGCCCGUGCGAUGCUUUGCCAGAUUUACUUCUUGGCUCUGCAUGACGACUACUACAAGGCGCGAGAUAUGAUGCUCAUGUCGCAUUUGCAGGAGACUAUCAACAGCUUUGAUGUCCUGACCCAGAUCCUCUACAAUCGCACGUUGGUCCAGGUUGGGCUCUGCGCUUUCCGGAAAGGGCUCAUCUACGACGCCCAGAACACCUUGCAGGAGAUCUGUGGCAGUGGCCGUCAGAAGGAGCUGCUGGCUCAAGGAGUGAUGAUGCAGAGGUAUAGCCAAGUCUCGCCCGAACAGGAACGGUUGGAGAAGCAACGGCAAUUGCCCUUCCACAUGCACAUCAACUUGGAACUGCUUGAGUGUGUCUACCUCACAUGCAGCAUGCUCCUCGAGAUCCCGCUCCUUGCCCAGACUGGCUCAUCGCCUGAUGUCAAGAAGCGAGUCAUCAGCAAAACCUACCGCCGUAUGCUAGAGUACCAUGAGAGGCAGAUCUUCACUGGCCCCCCUGAGAACACUCGUGAUCACGUCAUGCAAGCCUCGAAGGCUCUCGCGGCUGGCGAGUGGAAGAAGGCGACCAACUUCAUCCACAGCAUCAAGAUCUGGGAACUCAUGCCCAACACGGAAGACAUCAAGACCCUGCUCGCCAAGCAGAUCCAAGAGGAGGGCCUGCGGACGUACCUAUUCACAUACGCUCCCUUCUACGACACACUCGCUGUCGAGGCCCUGAGCACCAUGUUCGAGCUCGAGACGCGCAAGGUUUCCGCCGUGGUCAGCAAGAUGAUCAGCCACGAGGAACUUGCAGCGGCGCUUGACCAGGUGACGGAGACGGUCAUCUUCCGGAAGGGCGUUGAACUCAGCCGCCUCCAGAGCCUGGCAUUGACACUCUCUGACAAGGCCAGCUCUCUGAUCGAGACGAACGAGCGCACGCUAGAGCACCGCACACAGGGCUCGUCAAACGCCUUCGAAAGGCAGGGCGGAAGAGGAGGUCGCGGUGGGCAGAGGGGUGGACAGCGGGGAGGCAGAGGUGGUGGUGGCCCGAGAGGCGGACACACUCAAAGGCAGGCUGGUGGGACGCAGUUCACUGGGGGUGCCCUGGGUGCCGCUGUCCGAGGCUGAACUCGGCACUGGAGCGUAAUACGGUCCUCCUUUCGUUAUUGCACUGGGAUUGGCUUUAAAUGUGGAAAAUAAGGAAGGGUCUGGGUGGCUUUACGACUAUUACUGUCUCGUGAGAGGCAUUAUUAAGAGUAGUUAAGAGGCUUUAGAGAAUGGUCUUGCCUGAUUUUCCAUUCGCUGAUCUCGUAUGAAGUGACAUGUUUCCUUGGCUUGAUGGUUCACUCUCAUCUCUCCAGUGCGUGUAUUAGUCUGGGGGUUGGCCACCUAUUGCAUCUGGAUCUCCCAUUCCAUUAUCACAAUGAAGCUCGGAAAGAGUGGUCCAAGUAAUGAUGACUCAAGUUCCGAGGGCGGGAACUUCAUUUAGUAUUUCAUGCAGAUAAUCUACUGCUGUAGUGUGCCAAAGUAUCAUGUAUCGAUGCGAAGGACAUGGUGAUG